UACUUUAUUCUUUUCUUACUUGAUUCCUAGGUCGGACAGAUGCAGAUUUUAAGACGCCAGAUAGCCAAUGAACUGAAUUAUUCCUGCAGGUUUGACUCCAAGCACUUAGCAGCUGCCUUAGAGAACCUCAAUACAGCAAUCCUGGCUGACAUAGAAGCCCAUUAUCAGGAUCCGUCACUUCCAUGCCCUAAAGAAGAUAACACCCUCCUGUAUGAGCUCACAGCAUACCUGGAGGCAGCUGGAAUCCACAAUCCAUUAAAUAAGAUCUACAUAACAACAAAGCGAUUGCCCUAUUUCCCGGUUGUGAAUUUUCUGUUUCUGGUUUCACAGUUGCCAAAACUUCAAUACAGUAAAAACCUAGGAAUGGUGUGCAAAAAGGCAGCCGAUCCAAUAGACUGGCCCCCUCUAGUGCUUGGACUCCUCACUCUGCUGAAGCAGUUUCACUCCCGAUACACCGAGCAGUUCCUGAUGCUCAUUGGCCAGUUUAUUCGUUCAACAAUGGAGCAGUGCACUAGCCAGAAGGUGCCAGAAAUGCCGGCAGAUGUUGUGGGUGCCCUGCUUUUCCUAGAGGACUACGUUCAUUACACGAAGCUACCGAGAAGGGUUGUAGAGGCUCAUGUGCCUAGUUUCAUUUUUGAUGAAUUUCGAACCGUUCUGUGAACCCGAGCAAAUGAUGCCCCAGGAUCCGAAGAUGUAAACGGACUCAAAGAGAACAUAUGGAUCAAGUGUUAAAAUAGCACUUCAGAACUGUCUUUUCAACUUGCAGAACUAAUCUGAGUGCAUGAAUGUAACCAUUGACAGUAACCUCUUAUAAUUAACUUUGUUUCGAAAUCAUGCCAUUGUGCUCAAAUAAUUGCUUGACACUAGCAGUUUGUACUUACCCUGUAAUGUUGUACACUAUUACUUAUGGACAAAAAUUGUGCAGUUUAUGUUCUUAGAAGAGAAUUUGUGGACAUAGAAUGACAUUUUGUAUAGAAAUUAAAAUACUGAAAAGAAA